AUGCAAGUCAUAGGAAAAAUCCCUGUUGAGAUGAAAAAAACCUUAGAUGAGAAUUAUAUAAUGAUUAAGGAACAAUGUAAAAUUGAAAUGUUUAAUCAGAUGAUGAAUAGUUUAUUAGAUCAAGUAAUUUGAAAAUUAAUAUAAUUAGAAAUAAGCACCUCAUAUUAGAUUAUAAUUCUUAUACAAUAUUAGACAAUGGGAUUAGAAUUUAUGCUUAUCUGAUUUAUGCAUCAACUAAUUGGAGAUUAACAUAACUAAUAAUAUCAAAUAUGUAUUCAAAAUACAUUAUGAUAGAGUAUGGGUAAUCAUUAGAGCAAAUACUGAAAUAAACAGAUUUGUUGAAAAUGAAUUAGAUCUAAUUUUCUUGUGAAUUUAUGAGACCAAUUCCUAUAAUAGUUCCUCAUUAAAGUUUUGAAGAUAUUUCAUUAGAUUUAAUUCAUUUAACAAUUUGGGAUUACAAUGUAACUCCUUUGAUGAGGUUUCGCUAUCUACUGUGUUAAGCUUAGUGUACAAAAUUGUAAUAAGGAGAUUAUCAACAGAUUUUGACUCUAUUCAAACCAGAAUAUAAGAUUGAUGGAAAUUAAUUUAAACUUUUGGUUGAAUAGAAUCCAUAAUUAGUUAGUGAUUUGAUUAAGAAAUUACAUUAAUUAGGUGUAAAUACUCAUGAGUAUAUAAUUGAAAAUGAUUACUUAGAUAUUUGGACUAGUUAAUUUAGAUAAAGAUAAGUAUUCAAGCCUUAGAAUUAGUCAAUUAAUUAUCAAAGAGUAUAAGUCUACCAGAUCAAUUUCUUAAUAUGUUCAUAACAAAAUGUAUAGUAAAUUGUGAAGAAUUAAAGAAUGUAAGAUUAUAAUGAUUAAUAUAUAUAUAGAAUUAACCUUAACAAUUGGCUCGAUAAGUGAGAUUGGUUUCAGUAUUUAUUAGAACUUUGAUUAAGUAGAAAACAUUUGAUCCAAAGAAGAUUUAUGUAGAAUUAUAAGGGUUUUGCUUAGAGUUUUCAUCAAUUCUGGAGGCGACUCAAUUAUUUAAAACUAUAAAAAAUUCAGUUCAAGAAUAAUGAG